AUGAGAUUCGCUUAUGUUAUUUUUCUCGCCCUCGGGGUCAUCGCCGCGGCCGAUGACAGUGAUAACACCAUGGAGAUCGCGUUGAGCUUCGUCAAGGAUUGCAGAGGGGAUUACAUUCUGUGUGUUAAGGAAAAACUGCUGAAAAUUGUUGACAACCUGAGAGCUGCGAGGAGCAUUACGAUUGCAGAGGGUGUCGUUUUAAAAGGGGAACCCGACGUCAGGUCGCCUAAGAAGCUCGAUACCCUACCAGUGGACCCAACAGCUAGAGAUGCAGAAGUCAACUAUAGGCUUAUGGACGGAGUGGUCAGUUUAUUCGAGACACACAGUGUUGAGGUGAAGAUGAACCCAGCGGACAAAGAAACUGUUCAGAGAUCACUGGAAGAAGGUCGCGGCAAGAAUAAGAAAGGAGGUGGUAUGGGUGCCAUCAUCGGCCUCCUCGGUGCUAAGAUCCUUCUAGGAAAGCUGUUCAUCGUCAAGCUGAUUGCGCUGAAGGCUUUAGCAACUGCCAAGAUUGCCCUUGUCCUGGCAGUCAUCCUCUUCGUCGCCUGGUGCAUGAAGCAGGACCACACAAAGACCACAUACGAAGUGGUCCCCCACCCCCACCACCAUGAGUCCCACCACCCUGUUCACGUUGAACACGUCUCUCAUGAUAUAGGGCACGGCCAAGGUUACGGGUACGGCUCCGACUGGAACAAGAACUUGGACGAGGGCCAGAACCUUGCAUACAGCGCCUACUCACCCCACAGGAAA